AUGACCCGUUUCAUUAACUUCACGCUCUUGUCAUUGGCAUCUGCGGUUGCUGCUACACCCUUGAGCCGCGACGCGAACGACGGUGUGCGGUUGGCGGUCAACCCCAAGUGUGGUGCUACAGACCUCGUCGCAGGGCUGCCCUCGUUGGAUACCUUCAAAAACAUCGUCACGUUCGGGGAUUCCUUCACGGACGCUGGUGUGCACAAUGGAUCUGCGCCCGCACCUGCUGUUCUGGUUCCACCCAAUCCUAAGGCAGGCGGCAGAAUGACCAACGGUCCAGUCUGGGCGGAGUACCUCGCAUCUGACAUCGGCGCCACCUUGUUUCCAUACGCGGUAUCUAACUCUGUCACGUCAAAACAGCUGUUCCCCAGCUUUAAUGGCAGCGACUUCCAAGGCCAAACGCAAACAUUCUUCAGCCAGCGCCGCGGUCUGGAUCCGAGCAGUACCUUGUAUACCGUGUUCUUUGGGAUUCAAGAUGACGAGCUAAACAACUCGACAUCAUACGCGCAAGGAGCGGUCGCGGGUAUAGCUUACGACAUCGAGACUUUGGCAUCGCCGCCCACCAACGCUAAGAACUUCCUUAUUGUUACCGCAACUGGUCUGGGGUCGAUGAGCCCUGGCGCCGCCGAGUUCCAGAGCAACCUCUUUAACACCGCGAAGAAUAUGAACGCGGAGUUGGGGUAUAAUGUGGCUGUCGCUGACUUGAACAAUAUUUGGAUGGCGGUAUUAGGCGGCGAGUACGGUGAAUUCGGCUACGUCAGCGACGGCGCAUGUACUGUCAAUGCCCAGACCACGGCUGGUGCAUGUUCGGACCCUGCUCAUACGUUUUACUGGAUUCCUGGGAACCCAUCGACACAAACACACCGCAUCAUGGCCGAUUACGUUGAGGAAGUUGUCUCACAAUGCUGA